CCAAACCUCGCUUCUCGGCGCUGAUUGGUCGAGACAGACGCGGCAGCCAAUGGGAGACGCGGGCUGCGAGGGGUGGCCGGAGCUGGGACCGCGGUCAGGCCCUGUUGGCCCGCGCCUUACCGGGAUCGUCGCCGCCCGGGCGGGACACCAUGUCACAGGAAGAGUGAGGUCUGGGCCAUUUUACCAUGGAGGACUUGGGAAAGACUUUUGGAUCAGAGGAGGAAGAAGCCAACUAUUGGAGAGACCUGGCCAUGACCUACAAGCAGAGGGCAGAGAAUACACAGGAAGAACUCCGAGAAUUCCAGGAGGGAAGUCGGGAAUAUGAAGCUGAAUUGGAGACUCAGCUACAGCAAAUUGAAACCAGGAACCGGGACCUCCUGUCAGAGAAUAACCGCCUUCGAAUGGAGUUGGAGACUGUGAAGGAAAAGUUUGAAAUGCAGCAUUCAGAAGGCUACCGGCAGAUCUCGGCCUUGGAAGAUGAUCUGGCUCAGACAAAAGCCAUUAAAGAUCAACUGCAGAAAUACAUCCGGGAAUUGGAACAAGCCAAUGACGACCUGGAGAGAGCCAAACGAGCCACAAUCAUGUCCCUGGAAGACUUUGAGCAGCGCUUGAAUCAAGCAAUUGAAAGAAAUGCCUUCCUGGAGAGUGAGCUGGAUGAAAAGGAAAAUCUUCUAGAAUCUGUGCAGAGGUUGAAGGAUGAAGCAAGAGAUCUUCGGCAGGAAUUGGCUGUGCAGCAGAAGCAAGACAAGCCCCGGACACCCAUGCCAGGCUCCGUAGAAACUGAAAGGACAGACAUGGCUGUGCAAGCCACAGGCUCUGUGCCAUCCACUCCCACAGCUCACCGAGGACCCAGCUCUGGUUUGAACACACCAGGAAUAUUCAGACGUGGUCUGGACAGCUCUAAUAGUGGAACACCACUCACACCUGCAGCCCGGAUAUCAGCCCUAAACAUCGUUGGGGACCUGCUUCGGAAAGUUGGGGCCCUGGAGUCCAAACUAGCAUCAUGCAGGAACUUCGUGUAUGAUCAGUCCCCAAGCCGGACAAGUGGGCCAGCCUCAGGGCGAGGAACCAAAAACAGAGAUGGUGGUGACAGACGGCCAAGCGGCACCAGUGUGGGUGAUAAGGGGAGAGAAAAUUGAGACCCUGUGAGACUUGUUCCCGCUCUUGACAUUUACUCUUAGAACCCCUGGGGCCCUGUGUAGCAUCUGGGAAACUGCUCUCAUCCAAUAAAUAUGGUUUGCUCUGUCUGAAGGUCAGGAAAACGCUUGGAGUUUGGGAAGCCAGCCUCACAGCUCUCGUCACCAGCGCUGCCGUCCACUCAGGGUGUGGUCAAGCUUUUGCUUUAGGACGCUUGGGAACUGUGCCCUCACCUCUCUUACCCCUUUUGUAUUCAGCUUUUGGUUGUUUUAUUUUCAAGUUAGUUUGAGAAAUAAGAGCCAGCAUCACCACCAUCCACUUGGUGCUGUGCAGCCCAAGGUGAUGGGCUGUUGGCCCAGUUCCUGGCAGUGUGUGUCAUAGAAAUGAGCUGGUUGUCGCCCCCUACCCUACCCUGCAGGCUGCUGAUGGGGCCACACUGUCAUUUAAACCUAGAGUUUUAAUGGUCUCCAGAGGUGUUUUGAAUAUGCAUGAUCUUCAGGGGGAACUAGAGCCCAGCUCAAGAGCUCUCCUCUGCAGCCUAUUUCCAGCUGAAGCUCUCUUCUGGAACAUUCUCCCAGUGCUUUUACAACAUGGUUAAACUGUGUCUAGGACUGGGAGAUUACAAAGGCAUUUUUUGAUUACACAGCAUUUCUCUGUGUAAUCCUGGCUGACCUGGAACUUGCUAUGUAGACCACACUGGCCUUGAACUCAUGGAGAUCUGCCUGCCUGCCUGCCUGCUGGGAUUAAAGGCGUGUGCCACCAUCAACCAGCUCUUUGGCACUCUUAAUCUGCCUCAUGAAGGGUUUUAGAGAUGGGUCUGACUCUUAGGUCGUGGGAGAUUAUCCUCUGUAGAUAAACCCAGCUUUCUAUCUUUUCUGAGUCCCUUUCCCUGAUGUAGAGGUGACAUCUGCAUCAUGACCCUGGACAACUUGGAGUUGGACUGGCCCUUUGUUAAUGCCAUACCUAAGAACAAGACUUCAUCCAGACACUGUAGAAUAACAUUGGAUUGAGAUCUCUGGCUCCCUUGGGAUGCAAGGAAAUCAGCACAGGAACUGUAACCCCAGACUCACGUCUGUCUGUCUGUCUGUCUUUCUGUCUGUCUGUCUGUCUGUCUGGGGUGAAGCACUGCCUUACACUUCGGUCUACAGAGAGAAGCGCACACUAAUUCCAGAGCUGCUAACUUAUUUUCUAGUACAUGGGGCAACGCUGGCCAUGAAUUGGGCCUGGGAUUUUCUGAGUGCUGCCAGCAUUCGCAAGGUGGCUUAAGCUGUGUGACUAUUUGUUCCCCUCAGACAUUCUAACCUGGGAAAAAAUAGACUUUAUUUUUUAUAUUAAUAACAAUAAUAAAAUGGAAAGAAAUGCCUGC